AUGAUCAGAAUCCCAUUCGAGCUCGCCUAUUGGCUGCAGACUGUGAGAAACUCCAGCAAACCCAGGACUCACACAUUCAUAUGCAGAUUAGAGAGUAUAAAUAGAGGAGGGAGCGAGAGAGAGCUCAGAACAACUCAGAUCUUCUUCACACCAAGAGCUAACAGGGGAAACACAGCCAUGGCUCCUACAAUCACUGCAUCAACUAUCAACUCCAACCACCUUCUUCCACUUACUAAUAAGCUGAGAAAGCCGAUAGUGGAGAAGAUGCGUAGAGAACGCAUCAACAGCAGCAUCGAGAAGCUCAAGUCUCUGCUGGGUGGAGAAUUCCUAAAGCAACAGCCUGAUUCCAGACAGGAGAAAGCCGAUAUCCUGGAGAUGACAGUUUAUUUCCUGAGACAGCAGCAGGAACAGUCCCGUAAGAAGUCGAGCUGCUCCAUCGAGGCUGGUGAAGGUUACAGCAGGUGUGUGCAGGAGGCCAUCAACUUCCUGUCUCAGUGUCAAGUCCACGCUCAGUCCCAGAGAAGACUGCUCAGCCACUUCCUCACCAUGCAGCCUUCCAUGGAGAAGAGCAGAAGUGUUGUUCCUCAGCUCAGCUCUCCAGCCUGCCAGAUCAGCAGUAAAGAGGAGACUCCAAGCUGCGGUGGUCUCUGGAGACCCUGGUAGAGACAUGUGGACACUUUUACCCUCAGGAAACCAACUUACUAAUGCCAUAUUGGCAUUAGCUACAGUUUCCUAAAUGUCAUAGAAUAUUGUUGUCCAACUUUUUCUGGGCAAAAUAUGACAAGUUGCUUUUCUUUUGUAAAGGAACAUGGAUGGAUUUUCAUUAUGCUGCCACAUUCUAACUAUGCAAGAAGAACUGAUGCAUUUUAUUUUCACAGAUGAGUUUGAAUGUAAAAGAUAAGCUCAUAUUGAGCAUAAACUUUAACUGCAUUUGCAAUGCUUUCAUUCACUGAAAGCUUAUUUUUACUUAUACCAAACAUAUUAUCUAGAAUCUAAAUAUAUAUAAUUGUAAAAUGUCUGUGACAUUUCCUGCAAUGAAUACCUCCUAUGGAGUGAAAUGUAGAUGAACACUUUCUUUGAGUUCGAUGUUGUUUAUAGACCAAUGCAACUUUUUUUUUGAUUGUGCAGAAAAUGCUGUGGUAUUUGUACUUUUAAAAUUCUCCAGACAGGAAAUUAUGUAAGUUUUCCUUCAGUGAAGGUGAUCAAUGUUAUGCCUCAGAAUGUGAAAUUAAAAUUAAUCAAAAUGUCAUAAUCAAUAUGAUCUCAAUG